GCGGCGGUCGGGUGCAGAGUUUACGCGCGGUGCCUUGUGGGCCGUCGCCUAGGCCAACCCAGGAGCCCGCUUCCCUGAGGCUGUACCGAGCGGGCGCCAGGAGGCGGCAGUGGCGGCGGCGGCAUGCACCGAACCUCAGCGCCGUCCGCGCCCCUGGCAAGCCCCGAUUACUACGAGAGGCUGGGCCGGCUCCAGCACGGCCUGCGGGACAGGUACUGCCUCUCGGGGCGGGAGCGGGGAGUCGUCUCGCGCCGAAGGUCAACUGGUGCCGGAUCCCGUGUUUCUUUCCACUCCGCCCGCCGUGAAAAGAAGAGAUUGGACCUGGAAAAGAAACUUUAUGAAUAUAACCAAUCUGAUGCAUGCAGAGUUAAGCUGAAGUAUGUAAAACUAAAGAGAUACCUGAAGGAGAUAUAUGAGUCAGAAAAGAAGGCUCUUAUUCGAAACCAAGAAUAUUUAAAGCGGUUUGAGCAUGUCCAAACUCAUGUUGGAUACUUUACCACAAAUACAGAGAAGCUUCAAGAACUGAAGAUUGAAUAUGAGACUCAAAUUAAGAAGAUGCAACUACUCUCAAAAGACAGCCAGGGAAUAAAACGUGAACAGAAAGAUGAAGACAGAAAAAAGGUUGCAGUGCAGGCAGGAAUUAACUUGGGGCCAGAGAUGUCAAGAGGACUAUAUCAACCAGCCACAAUCUUUAUGGGCCGCCAAAUGUCAGCCAUCUCAAGCACUGGAGAUUCCAGUACAGAGCAGAAAUCUCCCCAGCCCACAAAGAACUUUUCAAUUCCCAACUCACAUGCACACCGACAGACAGCCCAGGCCAGUAAUAUGACAGACAGCUAUGUAAUACAAACUAAUAGUGACACACAGUGCUUACAUACGUCUGACAAAAUAGAUGGAAAGUUAUCUCUUCAGAUUGGCGAGAAGACGCCAGUCUCAGCUAGCACAUGGUCUGAGCGGGGACAAACUCAUUGCCUGGAGAUAGGAGGCAACACACGUCCCGACAAGAGGAGUUUAUCUGAAGGCAAAAAGUCUGCUGAACUCCAUUCCCCAUUACAGGAAAUAUUAAGUCCAGAGAACAGAACCACUGAUUUAAAAUGUGACAGUUCCAGAAGAUCAGAAGGAUCAGUGGAAGAAAUACUGACACAGGAACAUAUUGAAGUCAAGGAAGAAAGAGCUAGACCACCAGUCUCUCUCAUAUCAGUGUCAGAAUGUUGUGCAUCUGAAAGUAAGUGUUCUCGAGAGAAGAAUUCUGCUUCGGAAUGUUUCUCAGAUCAUCUUCCUUACUGGGACCCAAAGUUACAGAAACCCUUCAGAAAAAUUCACGGGGAGCAGGAAGAGGAAAGUUUGAGCAGCAGCAGUGACCUCACAGUUUCUGUAAGUGAAGAUGAUCUGAUUUUAAGGAGUCCGGAACCACAGCCAAAUCCGAGUGACAAGAUGGAGGGAGAAGAUGGAAUAGAGGCCUUAAAAUUAAUCCACUCUGAGCAAGAAGGCGCUACCCUACUCACUGAAAAACAUAAUUGUAUUUUGCAAACCCUAAGCUCUCCUGAUACAAAAAAGGAAUCCUCCACUAACUCACCAAGAAGAAAGCUCUAUAAUAGCAGUGACAUUCUGAAAGAAGACCUUGAAGCUUGUGGAGCAGCUGACCUCUACCAGCUUCCAAGAGUCUUACCUGGGGGUGGCAGCUAUGGAAAACAAGUCAGAUCUGAAGAAUCAUCAGCCUCAGAGUUACUCAGUGCACAAGUGGGUCAGUAUGUUGCCUCCUUGAAAGAAUAUGAUAAUCCUAUCAAAGAAGAGGUAGCUAAGCUGUCUGAAGUUUUCCCAGUUGAAAACGUGGACCAGAGGACAAGAGCAACAGCAUUAUUGAAAAAAGCCCUUACAGAAGAGUGUGACUAUAGGUCAGCUAUUCACAGUAAUGAAUCAUCUUGCAGCUUGCCAUCUAUUCUGAAUGACAAUAGUGGAAUAAAGGAAGCAAAACCCGCUCUAUGGCUCCACAGUGUUCUUACAAGGGAACAAGAAGUUUCAAGUGGCUGCGAAGAGGCGAGCCAGGAAGAAAGCACAGCAGCGAAGAUUCCAAUCACAGAAACAAAAGCCUACCAGUUGCUGAAGCAGUCUACCCUUCAGGAUAAUACAAAUCAAACUGAAGACACAUUCCAAAAGGCAGGUGCUUCUGUAUCACAGCUGCCAGGUUUGAACACUGGCAGCAGUACGUUCAAGACAAAGACAACUAACAAAACUGCUUCAGAAGCUAGUUUUUCAUCUAGCAAUGGAAGUCCUUUAUCAAGGCAUGAAGACAAAAUGAAAUUAGCUACCAAUUUAAAGCCUACAGCCUCCUGGGGUGAGUCUGAUGACAGUAACUCAGAAAUUGAAGCUGCUUUACGUCCUAGAAACCACAGCACAUCUACCAAUGAUUUUGAUGAUUUUUAUGACUAAUAAGUUGUAACACCUGUGAGAAAUAAAGUCUUUAAAUGAACUGAAACCCUGUAUUCAUAUGUGAUACCCAAAAUAAAUAUGUCCCUUUAAAUUUUCUAAUUGUUUAAUGGGAAAACUUGGGGCCACAAUAUUGCUAUUCAAGUGAAAUUUCAAAACAAAAUACCAUCUAACAUAUUCAUUUUCUAAGUGUAAUCAAAAAGCAAAGUGAUGAAUGCAAUGAUAACCUAAAUUCAAGUUGGUCUCUUUGUAGAAAGUGGCAAACUGAUCCUAAAAUUCAUGUGAAAUUUCAAGGAACCUUGAAUAGCUACAGCAAUCUUGAAAAAGUUGGAGCACUCGCCCUCCCUAAUUUUGAAACCUACUAAAAAGCUGCAGUAAUUAACACAGUGUGAUACUGGCAUAGACAUAACUGGCAAUGAAAUACUGAUUUAUAUAUAAUCUGAAAUUGAUAAUCCAGAAAUAAACCCUCACGCUUACGGCAGUUAAUUUUCAACAAGGAUGUCAAGACCAUUCAGUGGAGAAAGAAUGGUCUUUUCCACAAGAAGCUGGGACAACUGGAUCACCUCAUGCAACAGAAUGAAUAUCCCUACUUCACACUUAAACAAAAAUUAAAACAAAAUGGAUCAAGGACUAAUAGUAAGAGCAAAACUUUAAAACGCUUAGGGGAAAACAGGUGUAAAUCUCUGUGGCCUGCAUUAGGCAGUGGCUUCUUAGAUAUGACACCAAAAGCUAGAAACAGAUUGGACUUUGCCAAAAUUAAAACUUUUUACUACAAAGGGCACCAUUAAAGAAAUGAAAAAAUAGGAGGAAAUAUUUGCAAUCCUAUAUCUAAAAAGGGACUUGUAUCCAGAAGACAUAAAGAGCUCUUACAAUUCAAUAAUAAAAAGACAACCCAAUUUUAAAAUGAGCAAAGGACCUGCACAGAUAUUACUCCAAAG